AUGGCGGCAGCGGGGCACGCCGGCUUCCCAGGCGGAGCCCUCUGCCGGCAACUCCUGCUGACCCUCGCGAUCUUAACAGUUGCCUGUGAUGCCUGCAAAACAGUGACCCUACAUGUUCCCUCCAAAUUAGAUGCUGAAAAAUUUAUUGGUAGAGUUAACCUGAAGGAGUGCUUUAAAUCUGCUAAUGCAAUUCAUUCAAGUGAUCCUGAUUUCCAGAUUUUAGAAGAUGGUUCAGUCUACACAACAAAUGCUAUUCUUUUGUCCUCAGAGAAGAGAACUUUUACUAUAUCACUUGCCAACACAGAGAACCAAGAAGAGAAGACAAUGCUUGUCUUAGAGCGUCAGACCAAGGUACUAAAGAGAAGGCAUUCUCAAGAAAAAGUUCUAAGACGUUCCAAGAGAAGAUGGGCUCCUAUUCCUUGUUCGGUGCCUGAGAAUUCCUUGGGUCCUUUCCCACUUUUUCUUCAACAGAUUCAAUCUGACACAGCACAAAACUACACCAUUUACUAUUCCAUAAGAGGACCUGGAGUUGACCGAGAACCUCUGAAUUUAUUUUAUGUAGAGAGAGACACUGGAAACCUGUUUUGUACCCGUCCUGUAGAUCGUGAACAGUACGAAUCUUUUGAGCUAGUUGCCUUUGCAACAACUCCAGAUGGAUAUACUCCAGAACUUCCAUUGCCCCUCAUAAUCAGAAUUGAGGAUGAAAAUGAUAACUACCCAAUUUUUACAGAAACGACUUACAUUUUUGCAGUUUCUGAAAAUUGCAGAAUUGGUGAGUACGUAUUUGAUAAAUACCAGUUGAAAAUAAAAGUACAAGACAUGGAUGGUCAAUAUUUUGGUUUGCAGACAACCUCAGCUUGCGUCAUUAAUAUUGAUGAUGUGAAUGACAACUUGCCAACAUUCACUCGUUCUUCUUAUGUGACAUCAGUGGAAGAAAAUAGAAUUGAUGUGGAAAUCUUACGUGUCACCGUUGAGGAUAAGGAUUUAAUUAAUACUGCUAAUUGGAGAGCUAAUUUCACCAUUUUAAAGGGCAAUGAAAACGGAAAUUUUAAAAUUGUGACAGAUCCCAAAACCAAUGAAGGAGUUCUGUGUGUGGUUAAGCCACUGAAUUAUGAAGAAAAACAACAGGUGACCCUGCAAAUUGGUGCAGUUAAUGAAGCUCCAUAUUCUGGUAGUUCAAGAUCAGCCAUGAACACGGCAACAGUCACUGUUAACGUACAAAAUCAGGAUGAGGGCCCUGAGUGUAGCCCUGCAGUGCAAACCGUUCGAAUUAAAGAAAAUGCACCAGUGGGAACACAGAGCAGCGGAUAUAAAGCAUACGACCCAGACACGAGAAGUAGCAGUGGCAUAAGGUAUAAGAAAUUAAAUGAUCCACAAGGCUGGGUCACCAUUAAUGAAAACUCAGGAUCAGUCACAACUUUCAGAAGCUUGGAUAGAGAGGCAGAGACCAUCAGAAAUGGCAUGUAUAAUGUUACAGUCCUUGCAACAGACAAAGAUGGGAGGACAUGUACUGGGAUUCUGGAAAUUAUACUGGAAGACGUGAAUGAUAAUGGCCCAUCCAUACCUAAGCAGCAGGUGAUCAUCUGUAAGCCCGUCAUGUCGUCGGUGGAGAUUGUUGCUGUCGAUCCAGAUGAACCUAUACACGGCCCCCCCUUUGACUUCAGUUUGGAGCAGGUUCCCAGUUCCGACAUAUACAGAAUGUGGAGACUGACAAAAAUUAACGAUACAGCAGCCCGGCUCUCCUAUCUGAAUGACCCCCAGUUUGGACAAUACACAGUACCUAUCAGAGUUACGGAUAGACUUGGCCAGUCACUUGUCACUCAAGUAAAGGUUGCAGUGUGUGACUGUGUUACCGAAAAUGACUGCAACCUUCGCGUCAGUCCACGGACUGACAACGGAGGAGUGAUGCUUGGAAAGUGGGCCAUCCUUGCCAUUUUGUUGGGCAUCGCACUGCUAUUUUGUAUCCUGUUUACCUUAAUUUGUGGGGCUUCUGGGGCGGCCAAAAAGCCGAAAGUAUUUCCUGAUGAUUUAGCCCAGCAGAAUCUCAUCGUGUCAAACACCGAAGCUCCCGGCGACGACAGAGUGUGUUCCACCAAUGGCUUCUCAGCCCAUACUGUGGGCAGUUCAGCGCAGGGCAUCUGUGGCACCAUGGGGUCAGGAGUGAAAGGCGGAGGCCAGGAGACCAUUGAAAUGGUGAAAGGAGGACAUCAGACCUUGGAAUCGUGCCGGGGGGCCGGGCAGCAUCACACCCUGGAGUCGUGUAAGGGAGGUGGACAGCACACCCUGGAUUCCUGCAGAGGCGGACAAGUCGUGGCGGAAAACUGCAAAUACGCUCACUCAGAGUGGUAUUCUUUUACUCAGCCCCGUCUUGGUGAAAGACUCCGGCUGUGUGACCAGGAUACCGAUCACACGCAUGCCCAAGACUACGUCCUUACAUAUAAGUACGAAGGGAGGGGCUCGACCGCUGGUUCUGUGGGUUGUUGCAGUGAACGGCAAGAAGAAGAUGGGCUUGACUUUUUGGAUCACUUGGAACCCAAAUUUAGGACAUUAGCGGAAGCAUGCAUGAAGAGAUGAGUGCGUUCCAAUUAGUCUACAAAAGCCAAUGGCUUUCUUUUCUUUUUUAUUAUUAUUAUUACAAGAGCCAGGAUUUUUUAAAAGUAGAAAAUGCUAUGUUUCAGGCUUUUGCCCCUUUUUUGAUGGGAUCUCUUUAGUCAAAUGCACAUUUACAGAGAGAUGCUGUAAAUAAGUACACAAAUUUCCUGAUCUUGACAUAGUUUUUAAUUACUUGCUUUCCACCUUUGGACACCUGCAGAUAGAAAAAUUAAGAAAGUCUGUGUUUUUGUUUACUUUUGGGUAUAAUGACAGCAGCUAAUUCAUAGUGCAAUAAAAUAUCAUUAAUUUAUAGACUACUUGAAAUAUAACUGGAUGGAAAAUUGUAGACACCUUGCUUUAACAUUAUCUUCAGUUACCCGAUCAAUUAAUUGUGUGGUGCUUGAAGGCUGCUGUUCUCCUAAAUAUUCUGAAGUGUAUAAACUGCAUUCUUGAUCCUCUUUUAGUCUUGUAACAUGGCCUUUCUUCACAAUGCAAAGGGGGCUUCCCCUCCAAACACUGACUGUUACUAUAAUUCCAUUUUGGUGGAGUUUAUUUAGUUUCUACCUUGUAUUCCCUGUGAAAUCCAGCACUGAAUCUACAUUUCUGUUACCCAUCUUCUCCACAAAAUUUAAGUUUAAAAAAAUGCUUUAAGAAUGUAUUUUUAUUCCUGCAAGAUUUUGGUCUUUGGUUCUCUCGCUCUCUUCCCCCACCCCGCCCCCCUUCUUUCCCCAUCUCCCUCUCUUUUUUUCCUUUCUCUCUUUCUUUUCUUUUUGUUUUUGAAUUCCUACUUGGGUUGGAGAAUCUAAAUAUUUUUAAAAGCCUUCUUAUAAAGUGGGAUAUUCUGCAUUUCUGUUUUAUGCAAGCACACAUAUUCUUGGUUUUUCUUGAAAUCAAUGUAAUGUUGAUUUUGUUUCAAGUAUCUUAGUAAUUGCUUCAUUAUCUCAACAAAGAAGCUUUAAUUUUGCCUUUGAACUGUAGAAAUAUGUCAUGCUUUUAUUAGCUGCAGCAUUCUAUGUUAACGAGGAAUAGUGUAAUUAAAAUUGGGAUGUGGCUGUUUAGUAUAUAAUAGUAUAUUUGCAGUUCAUUAUUGCAAGGGUACAGUUUAUGAAUGCAAAAUAGUGAUGGUUUUGAAAUAAGCUUUGAAAUACAGGGAUUGUGCAAACUCUCUAGGAAUAACUGUUUAUAAUCUUUAGAAGAGAUGGCUAGUUAUGUCUAUGUGUUUGUAAAGGUUUUUUUUAAUAUUUUAAUAUUACAGGUUUUAACAAAUGUGGAAGUUGUCCAAACUAUUUAAAUUUUGAAAGAGUAAGACAAAAUUAAAUUAAAUAGUCAACCAGAUUCCUCGGCUUGGUUUCACACCUUAUUUUAGUCAGUGAAUUUUCUAUGUAUACUAACCAUAUGAACAUUUUAAAUGUAUUUCUAAUAUUUAGGAUUGGUAAUACCAUGACUAGUUUGAAUUCACAAGGCUGGCUUAUAACAAUUAAUUUUAAGGAUUAACAUUGGGUAAUUUAUUCACUAAUCAGUUUAUCUUUUCUAUAGUUUACUGCUCAGUCAAAAAUACUAUUUCUCAAAGUUAUUUUUAAUAAAUUAUGUAUAAAAUUCUUGUAUAUUAAUAGUUAUGAUAAAGUAAACCAAAUAGUUUUUAAAAAUCAGUGUGUUUGUUAAUCAUGUGUGUGAUAUGAGCUUGUGGGAUUGUAUUUUUCUUAUUUAGAGAAGUGAGUCUCUUUUUUAGAAUCCUGUUCUACGUUUUUUAGAAUUUCAGAGUUUGAUUUGGAGAGGUAAUUGGUCCGUUGUUACCGCCACAUUUAUCUAAUUUUACUAUUCUAAAGCUUGUGAUGCUAUGGGAUAUUGGUUAAGUUGCAUAAUUUCUCUGUGGCUUUUUCAUCAUAAAAUGGGAAAUAAUAAUAUAUCUUUCCUAGGGUGGCUGUGAAACAUUUGAAUAAAAGCUGGUUUUUAAGCAUGAAAA